CAAGCUUUUUCUAUGAUUGUGCAGCAGAACGGGCUUGCAUAUAUUUGUACAUGUUCGCUAUAACAUUCUCAUUAAUCAUUGACUAUUAAUUAUUGACUAACUACAUGUUAUUUUGUAAUUUUAUCAAAUUAAUUAUUUUCAUAUACAAAAACUAAAAUUGUCCAUUUUUUAAUAUCUUUCGACACGGAACAAUUUAUUUUAUAAUAUUUAUUUUGUUGCUUAAUAAUAGAAUUGGUAUUGUGAACUGAGUAACCAACACACAACAAAAGUCAAAACAACAGAAGACAGAGAGUAUAGACGCAAUGACCGACAAGAAAAAUGUAAACGGCGACUUGCAGUAUCUGUCAGUGGAUGCUCCGGCAGGCAAUGCCGUACUCAACGAUCCCGCCUCUCAAGCCGCCUGGGCCGCCAAGAGGAUGAUCUGGGUGCCACACGAAGAACAAGGAUUCGUGGCUGCCUGCAUUAAACAAGAUUCAGAGGACGAAGUUGUUGUGCAGUUGGUUGAUUGUGGGAAGACGUUGUCCUUCCACAGAGAUGAUGUUCAAAAAAUGAAUCCACCAAAGUACAACAGAAUUGAAGACAUGGCCGAACUGACCUGCCUGAAUGAAGCAUCUGUUCUACACAACUUGAAAGAAAGAUAUUAUUCUGGACUUAUUUAUACUUAUUCAGGGUUAUUUUGUGUGGUUAUAAAUCCAUACAAGAAGCUUCCAAUAUACACUGACAAAAUUAUAGAGUUAUACAAGGGUAAGAAACGCCAUGAAAUGCCUCCGCAUGUAUAUGCUAUUACUGAUAGUGCUUACAGAAAUAUGCUCAUGGAUAGGGAAGAUCAGUCAAUAUUGUGCACUGGUGAGUCAGGUGCUGGUAAAACAGAAAACACAAAAAAGGUUAUUCAAUAUUUGGCUGCCAUUGCUGCCUCAACUAAGCACCAAAAGACAUCACAAUCAUUUGAAGAUCAAGCUGAACUAGAACUGCAGUUACUCAAAGCCAAUCCUAUUUUGGAGGCUUUUGGGAAUGCGAAAACUGUCAAGAAUGACAACUCCUCCAGAUUUGUGAGUUUCAUUUCUCAACUCCUUCAUUUAGCUCUCUCUGCUGUUUGAUGUUAUAAAUUUGUUGUGAUUUUUCUUAAGACAAGAACUUUCAUUGAGAUGUUUUAGUUUGUUAACUCUUUUUCACAAACGAUAAUUAAUAAUGAAUUUUUUGUGUUGAAUGUUUUAUUUUGUUUUUCUAAAACUUCUCUACAUCAUUUCAGGAUUAUAUUAAAUAUUUUUCAUU